GUAUGACCAAAAAUGUUUUCUUCAAAAGAGGAAAAAGAAAAUGGUUAACUCUCCUCAGAUACAAAAGAGCUCAAAUAUGAAAUAUCCAAUGCCAGAUAUGUGGCUGUCAAACCCGAAAGCCUUAUCGCCAGAGUCCUGACCAAAAUUGUGGCUGUCACGCGCCCAUUCUUUAUCUCUUUUUUAUCACAUUUCUUCUCCAAGCCAUAAAACCAUCAUACUCUCAAGCCAGAAUCUCUUUCUACAGUCCACCGUACACUUCUCGAAGCCCAACAAGCUCAGCAAUGGCUUCCACCACUCUUUCACCCGUUACUCCUUCUCAGUUAUGUUCUAGUAAGAGUGGAAUGUAUUCUCCAUCGCAAGCAUUGUUUUUGAAACCGAUGAGGAGCUCUCUGUUAUUGGGAAAGGAUAAGAGGAUGAAAUUGACUUGCAUGGCUACAAGUGUGCCUGCUGACAGAGUACCUGAUAUGGGAAAGAGGCAGCUCAUGAAUUUGCUUCUUCUUGGUGCUAUUUCACUUCCCACUGCUAUUAUGGUUGUGCCUUAUGCAACCUUCUUCGCCCCACCUGGGUCAGGUGGUGGUAGUGGUGGUACUGUUGCAAAAGAUGCUUUAGGAAAUGAUGUACUUGCAGAAGUGUGGCUCAAGAACCAUGGCCCUGGGGACCGAACCCUUACACAAGGAUUGAAGGGUGAUCCUACUUACCUAGUUGUGGAGAAUGAUAGGACAUUGGCUACCUAUGGGAUAAAUGCUGUCUGUACCCACCUUGGUUGUGUGGUGCCAUGGAAUGCUGCUGAGAACAAGUUCAUCUGCCCAUGCCAUGGAUCUCAAUACAACAAUCAAGGAAGAGUUGUUAGAGGGCCUGCUCCUCUGGUGAGUGAAUCUAAACUUUCAUCAGAAAUUACAUAUAAAUUUUCAAUAUAACUCAUCUUCAGUGCAUAUAAGCAUGCAUUUUAUCCCAUUGAUAGAUAUGCUAAUUUGGGAACCUUGUUGCCAGAGCAUAACUAAGAACAAGAGCUACUCUGUCUCAUAAUUUUGCUCUGGCAAUAAGGAUUGCUUUCUACUUUACUGAUUACCGUUUACAAAUUCUGCAAGGAAUUCAUAUUAAUUGUCCAUCUAAGAUACUUAACGAAACUUGUAAAAGUGGUAGCAUCUUUUUAGGAUCGACAAGUAGGCCUAUUUUGUUCGGAGAUAAGUUUAUUCUGUUGGUAGUCCUCCCACUUUAUUUUUCUCGUUUUUGACCCACAGUUGCGCACUUCUAACCAUGACUUACUUGAAUUUGAAUGUUCUUCCAGUCACUGGCCUUGGCUCAUGCUGAUAUUGAUGAUGGGAAGGUAGUAUUUGUUCCAUGGGUAGAAACAGAUUUCCGAACUGGUGAUGCUCCGUGGUGGGCUUAAGUUUGCUCCAUUUCCCUCUCUACGCCAUGUUUUGGUAUGGCCUAUUUCUUUUCCCCACAAAUUAUGCUGCUGUUCUGAUUGUAGAGUUUCUAUACCCCUUUGUAUUUUUGACAAAAAUUAUGCAUCAAUAUAAAGUAGAUAUUCCUGAUGUAAAAUAACACUGCGACUGGCAAUUUCCAGAUUCUGUUUCCCCUUUUUUUUUAACACUUUUUCCGCAGCAAUGCGUGUAUACUAGUUAGUUUCUGUUGCAAAAUUCUUCAGUAUUUAGUGGUCGACCGACUAACCUCAGGGUAUUUAAUCAAAUGAUGAACCCAGAAGUCUUGUAUAUGUAGAACAUAAUCCUCUUCCCAUGAUUUCUCUG